CGCCCGUCCUGUAGAUGGUAGCACGUGGCGAUCUCUUUCUCUCGAUGUUAACAGAAGAAGACACUUUAUCAACAGUGCUUCAGAGCUCAGGUGGUGUUUGUAAUGAAGACGUAAUGGUACAGAUAUCAUCCUCGCAGCAGGUCGUCAUGGCUUUUACCGCCGUGCUGCUGGUGUUCGUGCUGUUUCCGCGCAUGUUUUCCGGCGGCGGUGGGAGAGAGAGUCCGUCAUUCGACCCGCGGAUGAGCCGGAGAGGGCCCGGUCCGGGUCUUGGUCCUGGUGCCGUGAAGAACCCGCCGCAGUUCCACACGAACGGGCCGUCUGCGAAAUCCCAGAGUGUGGAGAACGUUCAUCAGAUGAAGAAACUGAUGGAGCAGGAGAUGAAGAGUGACAAAUCCAACAGCAACAAGGGUUACAUCUUCACCCUCAUGCCCAUCUACGCAAUCAGUGUGGGACUCUUUGCAGCUUACAAAUUUCUAAAGAUCAAGUCUGCAAAUGACUCUGAAGCUCAAAAGGCUAAAACAGCUCAAGGUGUGAAGAAGUCUGAGGAGACAGAGAAUCAGCUGAAUGAACUGGAGCAGAGGUUGGCUCAAACAGAGAAGAUGCUGAACUCCAUAUUGACCCAGCUGGACCCGCUUACAAACUGUGUGAAGUCUGUUGCCAUGGAGCAGAAAAGCGAGAUCAUGUCGCAGCUGCAGUGCAUUCGGCAGCUAAUGAAGAAGAGAGGAAUGGAGUUUCCAAACAUCAGAAUAGAAGAACUGGCAUGUCAACGUAAUCUGGAUGAUCUCAUAGACCCUCUGGCUGAUGCAGAAACAGCAGAAGAAUCAGAAACGCAUGCUGAAACAGAGUCACAUGAUCCGAGAUCACUCCCACCUGACCCAGAGGUGCAGAAGAGCAUUGAAGAAGAAGAAGAAGAGGAAGAGCAGGGUGAACAUGAAAUGGAGGAGGAGGUGGCAGAUGCGGGCCAUGAGAGUGUCUCCAGUAUGCCCUCCCUCGAGGACUCGGGCGAAAUUACUGUAGAUGAUGUCACAAUCGUUCAGAAAGUCCCAGACGAUCUGACGGGCGGAUUACGAAGACGCUAUAAGCCGGAGUAACUGACCAGUUGGUCAGUCGGAUAUCAAUCUAUUUAUAUAUUUUAUUUAUUUAUUUACUGGUAUUAUGAAGAGGUCUGAAGAGGCUCUCUUCAUGUGUUUAUGGGUUUAAAGGUUUUCCAUCUACAUAUUUUGCAGCCAUGUUUGUAUUUUAAAGGUACAGUGCGGGAUGUUUUGUAUGAUCUAUUAACAGAAAUGCAAUAUAACAUACAAAACUGUGUCUUUAGAUGUGUAUAAAAACCUUACGUAAUGAAAAGUUAUGUUUUUAUUACCUUAGAAUAAACCAGUUGUAUCUACAUAGGGAGCGGGCCUAUCUACAUGGAAUUUGUUAUGUUGCACAGCCAUGUUUUGUACAGUAAGCUCUAACGGACAAACAGCUCAACAGAGCACGUUUCGUAUAUGUUGGUCUUCGUGUGUUUUUUUAGACGCAGCUUGCGUCAUCACUGAGUCAUAGUACGGAGAGGAGGAGGAGUAGUCGUCGUCUAGCUGAAGCAACUGAUUGUUCUGUCUUAGACGUUAACGGUAACGUUAGCAUUUUAUACAAAUGGCCAUAUAACCUCCGAAUAAUAAUGUUUUUCCGUCCCUGCGGUACGUACUCCGGUUGUUCCUGACUUUACAAAGGGGGAGACAAACGUCUACUAACUUACACCUAACUGCCUAUGUCGCUGUCAGAUCAAACGCUUUGAACAGCGUUGCUAUUUACGAUUAGCUAACUUUAGUUACUUCACUACUCUCAGCGUGUACUAGAUAGCACGCAAGAAAUAUAUCUAAUUAUAGAAUUGUAACAGUAACUUUCGCAAUAGAAUACAUGUUAAAUGAUUAAUUACGUUAAUAUAUUGCCUUACCUUUGCAAAGAAACAUCGUUGCUUGUAUCACUGCUAUCCGCUGUCUCAGUAGACGACAUCUUUUUUUACUGUUGCGGCUACCGUCGUAAUUCGAAAGGGAGGGGUGGGCAAAUGACUCAGAGAUUCGUUGCAAAACUAUAAUACAACACUAGUGGCCGCUGAUUUUCAAGAACUGUGCCUUUAAAGUCUGCAUAAAAUAAAAAAUUGACACUUUAAUACAUUAGUUUGUAGUGGAUGUUUUUUUCCAAAGUAAACAAUAAAAAUUGUUUAAACUUGAAACACCCACCGAUGACAAUCCAAUUCGUUGCUAAAGAUGAAAUCACACCCUACAUUGUUUCUUGUUUUAGUUUAGUUAGAAGUUAUCAAAGCCGUUUCAUGUUAAGAAUUGACUGAAUGUUUUCCAUCUGGUUGUAUGUAAAUGUCCGCAUAAAUUGUGGUCAUUCUGGGGGGUUUGGUGGAGCCGACCAAGCUUGUGAGUUUUUGCAUCUAAGAGCAGUCGUGCAGUUUUUUUUUUUAGUUUAUUUGCAUGUGGGUUCUCCACUCAGUGUUUGAAACAUCUGCAUGUUUCUGCUGUGACGGUCAUAUGCAAAUUUUUUCCAGAUUGUGUGAUGAAUACUUAUCAAGCGUGAAUAGAUUAGUGUUUGUUAUUGCCUUUUUUUGAAUGUCAUAUACGAUGCAUAAGAAAUGUGAUCAAAUAUAACAAAAAUGUAUGAGCAUGUUUUUGCUGUCAGUGCAAGCUUUUUUAAAGUCUUGAUUGUUUAUAUGGGUGUUUUAGUGACAGAUUACUGUGGGGUUUCAGUUUUAUUUCUGAAAUAAUUUUUAGAAUUUAAUAAUUAUAUUUAAUAAAUAUAAUUUGCAGAUUCUUUCAUCCAAAGAAACUGUCAGUGCACAAUUGAGCUACAGAAGCCUCCUUUGUUCAUAAAAAUAGAUUUCUUCCAAAAUAGGCUUGAACUAUGUGUACAUAUCCUUUUCAUAAUUUCACUGAACAAUUAUUGUGCGAUUCUCAUUAUUCUCGUUUUAACACAAUUUACAUGUUUUGUGGCAUGUCUUUAGCAUCCUGUUAUGAUUUUAACUUUUAUUUUGAAUCUGGAGAUUGAAUAUGACUGGCAUGUGAUUGGACUUUUUCCUGUACUUAUGAGUGUGUGAUGUGCUACAUAGCCUAUAUAGAUAAAAAAAGAAUUAUUUUAAGCCUUAAAUAAAUAUAAUAAA